AUGUCCCGUUCGGCGACCAUUGUCGAGACGAUUGAUACGCGGGAACUCGUGGGCGUCGGCGCGAUCGGCCGCGUCAAAUUUCCGUACUUUCACAUGCUCGACACGGAUUGGAAGCUGGAAUUGUCGGGGGUCUGGUCGGAGGCCGCCGGCGGACACCUCGUUUCGAUGCGAUUUCGGCCCGAAAAACGGGCGGACGACGAUUUGUGGGAGCUGGAAGGCAACGCGCAUUUCCAGAUCGGCGGCCCCUUCAUGGAAACCGCCAAUUUCGAAUUCGGAUUUCAGUUUUCGAAUGCGAAAACUAAAAUUCCGGCGGAGAAUGUGGGCGUUUGGACCGAGAAGGCCGACACGAUCCCCGUGCGGAUUUGGGUGAACGUUACCGUGCAGGUAAAAAUCGGAAAUGCAUUGUUAUGAAAUGUUUAUGUGAAAAAAUCUCAAAAAUGUAUAAAAGUGUCCCAAAGUGUUCCAGGCGGUGCGUUCGAUGGGCAUUCAACUGCGCAGUUUCGUCGAUUUCGACCGGCCACUUCCCAUUUUUUCCGACGCGAUUAUCCGUGUGGGCGGACAGAAAUUCCACGUCAAUCGCAUGGUAAUUUCAAUUAAAAACUGAGAUAUAAGGCUCUCGAAUUUGCAGGUGGUCUCAAUGGCGUCGCCCGUACUUUUCCGCGCAUUUAUACGAAAAGAAGAGCACGGAAUGACGGAAAUAGACGGAAACGAGCUCGCCGAGCUGGCCGCCAUUCAGGAUCCCAGAGAUUUCCGGCGCAUUCUCAACUUUAUCUAUCCGCCGCACAUUCCGCCGAAACAGUGGAUCAAAGGUCCUCGAAAAUUGGUGAAAAAGUAGGCAAACGUCCCGAAAAUUGCAGAAGAAAACGCGGAAAAACAGUUGUCGGACAUUUAUCGCAUUCUCGAGUACGCACGUCUUCUGGAGAUCAACGUGGCGAUGGAGGUGGCCGACGAAUGGAUCGUCAAGUUUACGCGCUUCAAACGAGGAGCCGCCCUUCUUCUCGCUCAGCGAUUCGGCCUCCGAAAGCUUCUGGUCACCUCACUUAGGAUUUUUUAUCACAAAAAUCGAAAUAUAUUUGCAGGGCGCGAAAAUCAGCGAAAUCGGAGCGAUCAAGCACGUGACCGCGUGCAAAGAGUACGCGGAAUUCAGCACGAAAACGAAGGCGCUCAUUUUCGACCAUCUCAUGACACUUUGA